AAUUAUUUGAAUUCAAUAAAAGAAAACUAAUGAAAAUGAUUCGUAAAAUGGAAAGAAAUAAAAAAGUUAUUGGGAAAAAUCGUUUAGUAAAGGUUUUUAAGUUCCAGCAGAUGUCUUUUUAACACAAUUUUGGAACAUUUUUCAAUUUCCCAAUCGAAUUCCACGGCACUCACAUUUGUUCCGACUUUUAAUUACUUUUUACUCCGAUGGUAGCUGCGGAAAAUUUGUCAGACAAAUAAUUUUCAAUAACAUAUUUCAGUUUGAAUUCAAAUCUAAAUAAUACAAAAGAGAAUAUGGUUUACAAAACUACUAAACUAUUGCGCCGACGUUUUAAAAGUCCCUGUUCAAAAGAGCCUUCAAAGAAACGGCUACUGAAUGCAGGAACAAAUAUCGAACAGAAACCCUGGACACCAACUCAGCGUAAAGGAAAAAGUCACCCCCAGCAAUUGAUUGGAAAGCCAUCCUAUAAAGCCGUACCACCGCUAUUGGGUCCUCAUAUUGUCGAUUCCAAAAAGAAAUCUGCUCCGGCCUAUUCCAUAAGUCGCAAGACUAAACGGCGUCAUUUACACAUUGAAGAUGGUCCAGCAAAAUAUAAUAUUGCAGGCAUAUACAAUAAAGGUGUCCACAGACCACCGGCAUUUUCGUUGAAAUUUCGUCCCAAUGACCUAAAGAAAUGGUCGCCACCAGAACCGGGACGUUAUGACAUUCAGGCAGCCAUAACUGCAACUAUUAAAAGUGUGCCAUCAUACUCUUUUGGUAAGAGACCAAAAGCACUGAAAUCUUUGCCAACACCGGCUCCCAAUGUCUAUAAUCUACCCACCACACUUGGUACAGCCAAAGAAAGUCAAAUAAAGGCAGCACCGGCCUUCUCGCUAAUUGGUCGCGAUAAACCAAGACAAAUUCCUGCCUUUGUCUUACCCGGCCCGGGCCAAUAUGAAGAUAAUAGUAAGCAUUUUCGAAAAUCACCACCAAAAUUUAGCAUGCACAUAAAGCACAAACCAAUAAGCGAUGAACAUAUGAAACCGGGUCCAGGAGCCUACUGUCCUGAAAAUUACAACAAACACAAAUCGGUGCCAGCUCCUUCCUUUUCAAUACGACACACACCUCAUUUAGGUGAGAAGAAAACCUAUUUGAUUCCGCAACGAAGUUCAGUAUCUUCAAAACCAGAAUGGGUGCUAUAAAUUGUUGCAAGGUAUGAAAUUUAUUUUUAUUGGAAAAUUUGAAGUAGAUUUAAGAUAGAUGCGAUUACAUAUUUUGAAAAUAUUUAGUUAAAUAUAAUUCAAAAAUUGUUUUACUAAUAUCUUUGUAUAACCUCAUAUUCUAUUUUGGAUAUUUCUAAAUGAGUAAUAAACGAUUUAAUCUAUCAACAUCUAAUGAAGACCCCUUAUAGAAAACACGUUUUCAGUGCAGGGUUUAGUCAUAACUUCCCCCAUAAAUCAAAACAUCAAUUUUGUAGGCUUUUUAUUUAAUUUUUUUUAUUGAAAAUGUUAACUUUUAUUACAUUAAUUGAGUGUUUUAUGUUCGUUAUGUCAGUAUCAUUUUUGUUUUUUUUCCUUUUUCUUAAAUUUAUAUAUAGCCACAAAUUUUUAUAAUUAUUCGGUUAGAAGACACAAUUUGUGUAAUUAGUAUAAUACAAAAUUUACAUUUUUUUUCAAAACA